AUGGAGUUAAUUGCAAACAAAAUGCGACAACUAUUGCAUACCGUUCCCGUUGGCAAUCAUCAGCAUAAUAAUACAAACAACGCUAACAGAUCCGAUACCAUUAUCAACAGCACAGGUGGUGCUGAUGGCCUAAAACAAGGUGCGGCGGCCACACAAUCGCCGAUAGCCCAUAAAAAUUGCAAACACAUUAGAAAACAACAACUAUUACAACAAAAUAAUAAUUAUCGUAAUUCAUCGCUAAGUGGCCGACCGUUUAUGGGUGAGCGCACCGGUAGUGUCGAAUCGGAACACUGUACCGAAUUGCCGCCAAUAAUCAUCGGUAGCUGUGGUGGCGGUGACACUAGUAUUACUGCCAAUCGAUUUGUCGACAAAUUGUUGGACUAUUUGCGAGAUAAUUACCUAAAAGUUAUUGAUCCCUAUGUUUUGGAUCAGAGCUAUGAGUUUAGUCCAAGAAAAUAUGUCAAAUUUAUCGUAACGUCGGGUGUUAUACACGGUAUAACCAAUUUUGAACGGAUCGGUGACUCGUAUAUUGUAAAGUCCCGAGAAUCUGACCUAAAAUUUCGACUGUGCUCUCAUCUGAUGCUAACCGAUAUGGUGGCCGACCUAAAGUUCAGUGCCAAUGUGACACCCAUACGUGUCAAACGUAAAUCGUUGCGCAUAUUUUGCGAAAAGUUUGUCCUCUACGUUGAACUAACCCUAGACUUGCGGCCAAAAGGCACGUCACAGACAACACGUGUUACCCAAUUGCGAGUCGUUUCCAUUGCCGAUAUCGAGUGUCGAACACGUGGUCUGAUAUUUCCAUUAAACCGUUCGUUCGAUACGCUCGUAACGCGUGUUUUGCAAAAUAUUUGCAAAAAUCUAGACUCGCGUGAAUUGACCAAAUUGGCCAACGAUUUGGCCCAACAAUAUUUGGAUAGUAUUUUUAAACUAUCUAAUUUUACCGAAUUUUUUAGCUAG